AUGCUCUUCGGGGUUUGGGUGCGAACCACAACCCCCACGCCCGCUCGCUGUGAUUUUGGGUCCGCACUUGGGGAAAAACGCAAAUUUGUCCAUUCUAAAGCCGGGGAGAACGCGGGGUGCGACGACGUCUUCCGCGCGGGGGAAAGUGGGGAGUGGGGAGCAUUUACAUUUGGGUGCCCUUCCGCAGGACCUCCCCCGCCCCCAGGGUGCGGCUGGGCCCGGGGCGACUACCGCUUCUCGAUGCCCCCAAGUGGCUCCUGCAGAGAUGUAAAGUCAGUGGGUUUGGCGUAUUUUGGGAUGACUCUCGGGGAACAGGUGGCCCGAAAACCUGCGGGUGACCCGCCUGAAGCCAGGGACAUCGACUUCAUCGUGUGGACGGGCGACCUGAUCCCGCACAACCUGUGGAACACGACCCGCGAGGGCAACCUGGACGUGACUCGCCAGGCCAUCCAGAUGGUCAGGACAGUUUCCCAGGAUUCCUGUGUUCCCGGCCAUCGGCAACCACGAGUCCCACCCCGUGAACGCUUUUCCCUCAACCGUACAUCGAGAACGAAUUCGACAUCUCUUGCUGUACGACGAGAUCUCGCGCUGUGGGCGACGUGGCUGCCGGCGGACGUCGCAGCCAGCGUCACCUACUCCGCCUUCUACUCCACGCUCAUCAAGCCAGGGCUCAGGAUCCUCUCAAUCAACACCAAUUACUGCUAUAGCUUCAACUGGUGGCUGCUGUUCGACGACGUGGACCCCGCGGCGGAACUGGCCUGGAUGGCGCAGGAGCUGCAGCGCGCCGAGGACGCCGGCGAGAAGGCCUACGUGGUGAGCCACCACCCGCCGGGCCACCGCGACUGCUCCAAGACCUGGAGUCACCAGUACAACAGGAUUGUUCACAGUAACGCAUAUGGUGGGACUAUCAAAAGGUUUUGA